AUGUUUAUAUCAAUUGGAUUUUUAAUAAUUAUUUUCCCAGUUUAUGGUAUUGUUAGUGUCAAAAUCUACAAAAGUGGUUUUCCAAUAUCACUACAAAAAUGGAUUAAUAUAAUUGCAGCAAUUUCACUGUUAAUUUUUUGUUUUAUUUUUAUAUCCGUUAUUUUAAUAGGAUCGGAUCUUCAAAUGAUGAAUCAAUUGCUGACUCCAACUUCAUUUCGUCUUGGUUAUUCUGCAUGGCUUUCUGUUUCUUCAGCUGUUUUACUAAUUCCUGUGAUGAUCCCUUCUUUCUACUUUUCAUAUAAAAAGAUUCGGCAUUUUCAAAAAUUUAAUAACGAUUUGUAA